AUGCGAGAACGGCCCCCACCAGGACACGUCCGUUUGCCAGUUAUGAGCCGAACACGCAGAUGGCCCCCACAGCGCUCACGAACAGGGAACCCGACCGCGGUUCCAGACAAACCGAAAGGGGGCGAAACCAGGACAGAAACAUGCAAAAGGCAGGAAAUCACAGGGGCCCACACCGCGAUGACGCCAUCUGAGUGCGACAGCGGCGCCCUGGCGUGGGCUCCACUUACGUUAACGCAUAGAGGAGCAGUCCCGCAGCCAGGUAAGAGAAAAGGCAGCAAGAAGCGAGUGGACCGUAAUUAA